AUGGUUCUUGUCAACACCGCGACAUCUUCCCUGCCAUCCUCCUGGCAGGGACUAACCGAUCGUCUCUCCAAUGUGGGCGACUCGGCCUACAUCUUCUUCAUUUGCGACAAUGAUGCAUCGACUGGCAAGCCAUGGUGUCCGGACGUGCGCGCUGCCAUUCCUGUUGUGCAGAAGUACUUUGAGAAGCGGCCAGAGGAGAUUCUUGUCGUGAGCGUCGGCCAGCUUCCUCAGUGGAAGAGCCCGGAUAGCAUAUUCCGAACCAAAUGGGAUCUGAAGGCAAUCCCCACGCUUGUGAAAUACACUCGUACCCAAGACGGUGUGUCACAGCAGCAAGUGGUCGAAAAAGACGUCAAGGAUGAGGGUCUCCUCAAAGCACUUGUUCAUUCUUGA